CAGGCAAGCAAGAAGCUGCUGAACAGCCAAGUCUAAGGAGGUGUGGCUGAGAAAUGAGAAAGAACGCCCUGCCCGAGCCAUCGACUUAUAUUUAAUGUUUAAGCUGGAUCUUUUAAGGACUUGACAGAAGCAGAACGUCCUCAAAACCGGCAAAGGGAAAGAAAAAAGAACCAAGGCAAGGUUGGGACUUGGACGACGUAAUGAUGGGUGCCUACCUUCAACUCGAGAUGAGCCCAUCUGUCCUUCUGGUGGCCUUGACGCUUUUCAUGAAAGGUCACGGGAAGUUCUCUGUUAGCGAAAAGGGUUGCGGACUGGGCAUGCCAGGAACCAACGACAAGGCGGUGGAAGUGCACGGCAUCCUGGCCUUCUCUCAGCUGCAUCAGUGCAACACAAGCCACUGCAACAUUAAACUGGACAUGAAAGAACUGCAGCUACAACCCAUGGAUAACGUGAGUGCGCAGAUUCCCAACGGAGUGGAAUGCUACAGCUGUGAUGGAGACAACUGCACAACAGACAAUUCUGCCAUUGUCAAGUGUUAUGAUAAUUUCCGGGGUUGUUUCCAUGGCAAUGUCACCAUGAAAGCAGGGAAUUUUUCACUGACCAAACCCAUCAAAGGAUGUGUUCAAGAUGGCGACUGUACCAAGGUCAGGAAAGGGAGUCCUGCCAUCACCCUCUCGGGCUCCUGUUGCUCGGGGAAUCUCUGCAACACGAACCUCUCCAACAAAACACACUUCUCCACCUCCAUCCCAAGGCUGGCCUUCCUGCCUGCUCAAGAGACCAAGAACGCAACCGUCACUACCCCUUCAACGUACGUCCGGAUCAACGCAGCCACAGCGGCGGCUUCCACUUCCGGCAAGCUCACCCGUUCUCUUGGUGUGAGCCCAUCGGUGGGUGGCCCUCAGAAGGACCACAGCCACGACCACGGCCACGACCACAGCCACGACCACAGUCAUGAAGAGGAUGAGAACAACACCGUUGUUCAAAAUAGGAAGGUGGUCCCUUCCGUGAACGUUGAAGAAAGACAUGUUGGUGGGCCGAAGGGAGGUGUGGCAGGCUUGCAGGGCUCAGCCCUGGUGACUUUUCUGCUCCUUGGCUUGUGUCUGUGAAGGUGAACCAAGGAGUGAGUUGACAUUCAACCCUCUCCCCCUCUCCUUUUUUUUUUUCUUCACUAGAUCAAAGCCUAUCGCGUACAGCUUUGCCUCAUUUGGUACGAUCUCUCACGCUCCAAACCGGAGGUUGGACUCUAUCGUCCUGUUAUUCUGUUUUACCUGCCUGUCCUAGGCCUCUUCUCGAGAAGCUGGCAUUUUGGACGUAAUAAUGUCCUAUUUAUGACGUUUGAGUAAUCGGAAAUAAAUUUUCCUU